UCAAAAUGGCCGUCUAGGUACCUGUGAAAUGUUUACGAAUCACUAAGUUUGUGAAUAAUUUGUUCAAUAAAAUGGGAAAUAUAUUUGAAUGAUUACUUAAACAAAAUGAAACCACGACUGAUUCUGGAUAGUAUCGAUGAAGAUUAAUUAACAUGUUCAUCGUAACGAACAAUGGUCAUAGAAAACUCUCUCAUGCGUGAGGGAAUACCAAGAAUACGAUUUAUUAUUGCUUUUAUUUUGGCGUCAACACUUUUAGUUCCUACCACAAGAUCGUACUUGAUCCUAGUAAACGAGACCAGUUUGCCAGGUGAUGUAAUUUUCGAUGCAUCAGUAUACAGACUAGGAUCAGAAAGGCACUAUCACAUAAACAAUCAUCGAACAGCACCCUUCGUUCAUUCCCUUGUCCACGUACAUCAGAAGAAUGGACUCGUUUCUCUACGAGAUAAAUUACUUUGCGAUGGCAUUUACUAUCCCCAAAUGUUUACGGUGUACAUUGACUCUACUUCGAACAGACUGAAAGAUGUAGAAUAUUAUAGCUUACCUUUAAGAAUAUUUAUAAUAGGUGAUAAGUGUAACUCAUACAGCAAUCAUGACAAAUACUUAAUUGAAGAGAGUAGUAGAGAAAAACGAUCUUUGAAUAAUGAACAAAGUAUUAGACGAAAAAGAUUUGUAAAUAGUCCUUUAAGCUAUCAUUACUCUGUAAAAAAUUUAUUAGCCGAGGCUAAAACAUGGAUUGCUGAAUCUUACGCAUCUUUCUCCAUUCCUACAACUGAUAAAUGGCAAAGAAUAUGCCUAAGAAACUCUCAGUACAUAAAUUCCCUCACUGCCUUCCUACCUAAAACAAUCCAAACUUAUUGCUCAGUAGAUUAUUUACACGUAAGUGAUAGUAGAUUUAAGAUAGAAAAAUCACAAGGAGAUUUAGUAGCGAGCGGCAAUAUUUGCAUAUCAGAGCCCCUCUGGAAGAUUGUGAUACUUUUUAACGUACUAUGCCGUGACGUCCCUAUCUUGGAUUCAGAACAUCGCAUUAAGAUAGUUUAUCAUCAUCAAAAAUUCAACGACACUGAUAUAGCAAAGAGAGUUCGAAGAGAACUUAGAAAUCAGUCUCCUUUCUUUGAGCAACAUCUUUAUGUUGUAAGUGUUCUUGAAGAAUGCGAUCCGGGGAUCGUUGUAACGACUGUAAGGGCGAGGGAUCCAGAGAACAGUCCUGUAACAUACUCCAUGACCAGCCUGUUAGAUUCUCGUACUCAAAGCAUGUUCGAUAUAGAUCCAAAAAGCGGAACCGUAACGACCAAAGUAAAACUAGAUCGAGAAUUAGUUGAUGUCCACUAUUUCCGAGUAACCGCCACUGACGACAGUUUUCCUCCAAGAUCAGGAACCACAAUGUUACAAAUAAAUGUACUCGAUGCUAAUGACCACUCCCCUGUUUUUGAAAUGAAUGAAUACGAAGCAAGUAUUAGAGAAGGUGUUACUGUGGGCACCACAGUAAUAACUUUAAAGGCCACUGAUCAGGAUAUCUUGAAGAAUGGUGAAGUUGAAUAUACAAUUAAAAGCAUCAGUGGAGGGGGCACAUCUACAAACGAGGAAGACAACGAAGCUUUUAAAAUCGAUUCCAAAUCAGGGGUUAUUUCUACUAGAACAAUGCUUGAUAGGGAAACCACCGAAGUUUACACUUUGAUCGUCCAAGCUUCUGAUCUGGCUAGUCCUCAAAGUGCUCGAAGAUCAUCAAGUGCCACUGUAGUUAUUAAAGUUUUGGAUGAUAACGAUAAUUAUCCCCAAUUCUCUGAAAGGACUUACAGCGUUUCUGUAGACGAAGAUGUUAAUUAUAUCAAUAACCAUGUAAUUGCGACAAUAAGAGCAACGGAUGCUGAUCAAGGCAACAACGCGGCCAUAAGAUAUGCCAUAAUAGGAGGCAAUACUCAGUCUCAGUUUGCCAUAGACAGUUUAACUGGGGAUGUAUCGUUAGUGAAACCUUUGGAUUACGAAACCAUUCGAAGUUAUCGUCUGGUAAUUCGAGCUCAAGAUGGUGGGAGUCCAGCCCGAUCGAACACUACUCAACUACUAGUAAAUGUGAAGGAUGUUAAUGACAACGUACCACGGUUUUAUACUUCCCUAUUUCAAGAAAGCGUAUCCGAAAAUGUUCCUGCCGGUUACAGUAUAGUAAAGGUACAGGCUUAUGAUGCAGACGAAGGUCCUAAUGCUGAUAUUAAGUACACCAUAUCACCCAGAGAUGCCAUUGGUGCAAGCACUGAAGAUAUUCCUUUAGCAGUAGACUCUCACACGGGCUGGAUUUAUACAACAAGAGAAGUGGAUAGGGAAGAACAGUCCAAGUACAUGUUUCAGGUGAUUGCAGCUGAUCAAGGAACUCCACCUUUGUCUGCAAGUGCUAGUGUUGUUAUUACGGUACAAGAUGUAAAUGAUAACAACCCAGUUUUUGAGCCUAAGACCUACGAGGCGAUGGUGUCAGAAAGUGACCCUCCUGGAACUCCUGUUGCAACUGUAACAGCAACGGAUGCGGAUGAAGAUAAUCGUCUACAUUACGAGUUAACAAACGGAAAUAUCAGGGGUCGAUUUGCCAUAACAUCGCAGAAUGGAAGGGGAUUGAUCACCGUAGCCCAACCACUUGAUUAUAAACAAGAGAAAAGAUACAUUUUAACAGUUACGGCUUCUGAUUCAGGGGGAAGAACUGAUACUGCCACCGUUUUUGUUAACAUUUCUGACGCCAAUAAUUUUGCUCCGGUUUUUGAAAAUGCUCCCUACUCUGCCAGUGUGUUUGAAGAUGCUCCGGUAGGUACGACUGUCCUUGUUGUAUCGGCAACAGAUAACGACGUGGGUAUUAACGCCCAAAUAACAUACGUCUUGGGGGAAGAAUUAAGUGAUGUUGAUAGAACACCGGCGUUUUCCAUAAAUCCACAAACAGGCGCUAUCGUAACGACAAAACCGUUAGACCGCGAAACCACGAGUGGCUACUUACUAACUGUAACGGCGCGUGAUGGUGGUAACCCCCCCAUGUCCGAUACUACUGAUGUUGAAAUAUCUGUGACGGAUGUUAACGACAAUUUUCCAGUUUUUAAACAACAAGCAUAUUCCGGAAGCGUCUUAGAAGAUGCUCUCAUAGGGACGUCUGUUGUUCAAGUUUCUGCCACUGAUGCAGAUAUCGGUUUAAAUGGACGGAUUCGUUACACAUUGAGUGAAAAGGAUUUAGAAGACGGAUCGUUCGUUAUUGAUCCUAUAAGCGGCGUUAUUCGAACAAAUAAAGGUUUAGACAGAGAAUCUGUAGCAGUUUAUGAAUUGGAAGCGUAUGCAAUCGAUAGAGGAUCACCUUCUCUCAGUAGCUCCGUACCAGUAACAAUUCGUAUUGAAGACGUCAAUGACAAUCCACCAGCAUUCGAAGCAGACAAAAUAACGCUUUACAUUCCAGAAAACAGUCCAAUAGGUUCUACUGUUGGUGAAAUUUAUGCAAAAGAUCCUGACGAAGGGGUGAACGCUAUAGUUCAAUAUUCUAUAAUUGGAGGGGAUGAUUCUCAAUACUUCAGUUUGAUAACUCGACCAGGAUCCGAAAAAGCGGAACUUCUUACAAUGACAGAACUGGAUUAUGAAAGUCCAAGGAAACAGUACGAUUUAAUUAUAAGGGCUGCAAGUCCACCCCUAAGGAGCGACGUUCACGUGGAAAUAAUAAUAACAGAUGUCAAUGACAACGCGCCUGUUCUUAAGGACUUUUUAAUUCUGUUUAAUAAUUUUCAAGACCAUUUUCCGACCGGUCCCGUAGGGAAAAUUCCAGCUUUUGAUGCUGAUGUGUCUGACAAAUUGAAAUACAAAAUUUUAUCAGGAAAUAACGCGAAUUUGGUGGCUUUAAAUGAAACUAAUGGAAAGUUACAGUUAUCUCCACAACUUAAUACUAAUGUACCCAAAAUGGCUUCAAUGGAAGUAUCCGUCACAGAUGGUGUAAAUGAAGUAAAGGCAAUUAUGCAACUCGUAGUUCGAUUAAUUACAGAAGAAAUGCUUUUAAAUUCCAUUACAAUCAGAUUAAAUAAAAUGACUAAAGAAGCAUUCUUAUCUCCACUUCUUGGCUAUUUCAUAGACGGUUUGGCUGCAAUAAUUCCUUGUCCAAAAGAAAACAUUUUUCUUUUUAAUAUUCAAGAUGAUACUGAUAUAAACGACAUACAUUUGAAAAUUCUUAAUGUUAGCUUUUCUGCGAAGCGCGCUGAUGUUACUCACGAUGAAUUUUACACUCCACAAUUUUUACAAGAAAGAGUUUAUCUUAAUAGAGCAAUCCUAGACAGACUUUCGACAGUUCAGGUUUUGCCUUUUGAUGAUAAUCUCUGUGUGAGCGAACCGUGUUUGAACUUUGAAGAAUGCCUUACAGUUUUAAAGUUUGGAAACGCAUCUAAUUUUAUAAGUAGUGACACGGUUCUUUUUCGACCUAUUUAUCCUGUUACAGCUUUUACUUGUCGUUGCCCAAAUGGAUUUACUGGGUCAAGAGAACAUUAUUUGUGUGAUACAGAGGUCAACCUAUGCUAUUCUGCCCCUUGCCAGAAUAACGGAACAUGUAAAAGAAGAGAAGGUGGUUAUACAUGUGUUUGUCCACCAGAAUAUACAGGGAUAAAUUGCGAAGUAAAAUUGUCAUUUGAUCCAUGCAAGCCAAAUCUUUGUAAAAGCGAAUCAACCUGUAAACCACGAAUUAAUGGGGGCUUCAAAUGUGAAGACUGUGUUUUGGUAGCUGGUUCUGAACAUUACACUCCACUAUGUGAACUUAAAAGUAGAAGUUUUACUAAAAAUUCCUUUCUCACUUUCCCAAGUUUAAGACAAAGACAUCGCUUACACCUUCACUUGAAGUUUGCUACGCAAUCGAGAAACGGUUUAUUACUUUAUAACGGCCGUUACAACGAACUGCACGAUUUUAUUUCAUUAGAAAUUGUUGAAGGAAAUGUACAGUUUUCGUUUUCGUUGGGAAGCGAUAUUACGCGAACUACAGCUUCCAUACCAGGGGGUGUUUCAGAUGGACAGUGGCAUACAGUGAAGGUUUUAUAUUUUAAUAAGACUGCAACUGUGUCUUUGGACAAUUGUGAUACCGCAUUGGCCUUAAAACACGGAGAAGAAUUAGAUGGAAAGUGGGCUUGUGCCAGUUAUUCUGAGCAUCAUCUUGAACCAAAAUGCGCCUCUGUAACUGAAACUUGUCAUAGAUUUCUAGACCUCACAGGACCUUUACAACUUGGAGGACUUCCAGCAUUACCAGCUACUUUUCAGCCGUUUAAUCAUCACUACGACGGUUGCAUAUCGGAGUUCAAAAUAGAUUAUAGAUUUAUCGAUCUUAACAGCUUUGUAGCGGAUAACGGAACUACACCAGGUUGUCCAGAAAAAAGAUCGUUUUGUAGUUCACAACCUUGCAAAAAUGAGGGAGAAUGUAAAGACGGUUGGAAUAUGUACCACUGCAUUUGCCCUGAAGGUUUUGGAGGAAAAGAUUGUGGAGAAAUUAUAAGCCAGCCUUGGAGAUUCUCAGGAGACGGUAUGCUUUCCUUUAAUCCUUUACUCAGACCCAUACAGUUACCAUGGUUGAAUGCUCUUUCUGUAAGGACUCUACAAUCCGACACGUUCCUCAUGUCUAUUCAAGUUGGGCAAAACAGUUCUUCUGUACUAUCUCUUAAAUCCGGUUUACUCCACUAUUCCUUCAAUGACGAGUCACUUAAUCUAAGUUCAAAUCCUCUUUCUGAUGGUAACUGGCAUCGACUGGAGGUCACCUGGCUGGGAACAGAAGUAAAAUUAUCAGUAGAUUAUGGAGAGCAGUUUAAUGUCUAUUCAUUUUCUCCAAAAAUACAAGGUCUGUAUGUUGGGAAAAUUCUAAUUGGAGGACCGGAUAACACCUACAACAGCUUAAGUGCAGGAUACAAUUAUUUAGAAGGUUGCAUAGAAGAUGUUCGUGUAGGGAAUCACCAAACCGUGUUAAACAGACCCACUGUUAAAGAAAAUGUAAAAGAUGGUUGUCCGUCAGUUAAGGAAUGCCGCAGUGAAUGUCCUUCGACCGCCGAAUGCGUAACAGAGUGGCGUAGUUCACAUUGCGACUGUAAAAAAGGUCACGUAGGGCCCCUCUGCAUUCCAGUAUGUCACGUCAGCCCUUGUGAAGUGGGUGGAAUUUGUGUAGAAGAUUUUUACGGGGACAAGGGAUACCAUUGCAAGUGCAAUUCUACUGAAUACUCUGGAGAAUACUGCGAAGAAAAGGUAUCCCAACCGUGUCCUGCGGGAUGGUGGGGAUACCCCGUUUGUGGACCAUGCCACUGUGACGUCGAAUCGGGUUACAAUCCAGAUUGUGAUAAGGCAACGGGAAAAUGCCACUGCAAAGAAAAUCACUAUCAACCUCCCAACUCAAAGAAAUGCUUACCUUGUGAUUGUUACUUGAUUGGAUCCUCCAGUGCUCAGUGCGACCGACAAAAUGGAAAUUGUCAAUGUAAAGAAGGAGUAAUUGGGCAGAAAUGUGACUCUUGUUCAAAUCCCUAUGCAGAGAUUACCUUAAAAGGAUGUGAAGUUAUUUACGACGGUUGUCCAAGAAGUUCAGCUGAAAAGAUUUGGUGGUCAAGAACUAAAUUCGGUUUAGAGGCUAUAGAAAAUUGUCCUGCAGGGUCUCAAGGAAAGGCUUCCAGAUCGUGUGAUAAUCAAAUGGGAGGAUGGCAAGAACCGGACCUUUUCAAUUGUACUUCAGAAAGGUUUCUUGAAUUGCGAAAUCAGCUUUCAUUAAUUGAAAGUGGAGAUUUGGAACUUAACACUUUUGUUGCAAUAAAACUAGCGACAGAUUUGUACAAAGCCACAAACAUGACUCAAAUUUUAUAUGGAGCUGAUGUUCUAAUAACUCAGGAUCUACUUCACGAACUGCUCAAACGUGAAUCGAAUUUGAUUGGUCUCAAUUUAACUCACAGCCAAGACAAGGAUUUCAUAAAGAAUAUUGUACAUUCUACAAGUGUUAUAUUGGAUUCAAAAUAUAAAAAACACUGGAACCGUAUCAAAGAAUUAACAUCUUUAUGUGUUGAAGAUUUAGUACAGGCAAUGGAACAUUAUAUAAACGUGUUAACUUCUAGUCAACAUGAUACUUACACAAAUCCAUUUGAAAUUUCUGCAACGAAUAUGGUACUAGGUUUAGACAUUGUGACACCAGAAUCGUUAUUUGGCUAUGAAUCAGAUCCAAUAUCAAUUUUACCAAGUGACUCCACCUACACCACCGAAAAAGUUGUUCUUCCGGAUACAUCACAGUUUUUACAAAACGCUCCUAUUGCUUCCGUCGGCCCUUUAAUAACGUUCCCAAAAUACAAUAACUACCUCCAAGAUUCUUCAAAGUUUGACAAGAACACAAAAAUACUUGUACCUCUUAAAUUGCUAGGCAUUAAACCUUUGGACGUUGGAGAAUUGACGACCAGGCACUCCCUUUCUGAAAGCAAAGCUGUUCUAAGUUAUGCUCAGUAUAAACAGGCUGGUCUGUUAUUUCCCUACAACUACGACGAUUCAGUUGUAAGAAGGUGGGGAGUAGACGUUACCAUAGGAUCUCCUUUAAUUUCUGUUAGCAUCUUGGUGCCUGAAUACGUCGAGGCUGUCAAUAAACCAAAAGAAUCAUCGUCGAAUCUCCCGUUUCAAGAUUAUGAUGAACAAACCACGCACAUUAAGAAGGUGAUAAUUGAAGAAGCAAAUAGACUACAAGAAAAUGAUUUACAAAUGUAUAGAAUGGAAGGAAGGAGGAUGAAAAGAGAUCAAAGCUCAACGAAAAGACUGAUGUAUAAAAGUUUAUCAGGCAAAAGACUGGAAUUACCUAUUAGACUGCAAAUAUGGCUUGAUCCCAAUAUUACUAUUUUUAAUGAACGUUCUAAUCCUCAAUGUGUAUUUUGGUCUACUGUAAGGGGUUUUGGAGAGUGGUCAAGAGUAGGCUGUAGAACUGAAGUUAGUGAAAGAUGGUAUGAUCCUUACAAUGACCUACCUUUAAUAGUUAACUGCACUUGUAGUCAUUUAUCCACAUUUGCAGUUUUAGUCGAUAUCGUUGAUUUAGAGUUUAUACCAGAACCUUCACUUCUUGAAGACGUAACAAGUUACAGUUCCUUUUGUAUAUCACUUCCACUGUUGCUUGCAUCGUACUUAAUCCUCGCCCUAAUCAGAGGAUUACAGACAAACUCUAACACCAUACGAAAAAAUUUGGUGCUGUGUGUUUUAUUAGCAGAAUUCUUUUUCUUUAUAACUCUUAAAGCAAGAAAGUUCAUGGUAAACGCACAGUUUGCUUGCAAAUUGGUAGCCAUAAGUCUACAUUACUUGUGGCUAGCAGCAUUUGCUUGGAUGUUGGUUGAUGCGUUACAUUUGUACAGAAUGCUGACGGAAAUGAGAGACAUCAAUCAUGGUUCGAUGAGAUUUUAUUAUUGUGUAGGAUACGUUUUGCCAGCCAUCGUGGUCAGUCUUGCAGUGGGGGUUCGAGCUCAUCAAUAUGGAAACUAUUACUUUUGCUGGGUGUCUCUUUAUGAAAGCGUAAUAUGGAGUCUAAUUGGACCAAUUUGUCUAAUUGUAUUAAUUAAUAUCGUAAUACUAGUAUUAGCAGUUAGAGCUGCAUUCACUCUUCAAGAUCACGUUCUUGGUUUCGGAAAUUUAAGGACACUGCUGUGGGUGUCAGUAGCUGCCUUACCACUAAUGGGUUGUACGUGUAUUUUGGCAAUACUGACGGCUUCAGAACAUUACCCCAUACUCACCCCAUUAUUAUCCAUCGCAGUCUUAAUCCAUGCAGCUUUCUCUUUAGGGGGUUACUGCUUUGCAAACGCACGAGUUCGACAAAAUCUUAUCAGAUCUAUUAUGAGAUGUAUGGGUAAAAAGGUACCACUGCUUGAAACCACUUCAACUGCAGGAAUUGCCAGUACCAGCAGUCAUAAUAUUAAUGUUCAAGGUAGAUCCGCGUUGUCUUAUCGAGGGCCUGGUUUUGAAAGUACGAGACGAAACGUUGGAAUUUCAACUUCCAGCACUACAUCGCGUUCCACCACCAAAACCAGCUCUAGUCCUUACAGAAGCGAUGCUCAACUGCGUCAAACUUCUACCAGUACUUCAAAUUACAAUUCCACCAGCGAUGUGCCCUCUUAUUUGCGUGGAUUUGAAAGAGACGGAACACAUCGUCGACAUCGUGAAAUUUCUGAAAAAGAAGUGCAACGCGAACGUAGAAGAGAAAGCGAUUCUGAUUCGGACGGAUCUGAGGGAAGAAGUUUAGAUUUGGCGUCCAGUCAUUCAAGUGAUGAUGAUGAAUCCAGUACAAACAGGCAUCGAACCCGAAAUACAGGUGUUAGCACUACCCGACAAAGUUAUCUACCAAACAUAACAGAACACGUAGUUUCAAGAUGUGGCACGCCGCCUUCCUUAAAUAUCGUCACAAAUUCGCAAUUAUUUCCUGCAGUUCCUCCAGUUUAUAGUUCCAGGUGGACAAGUCAGCUCCCUGAAUCGUAUUUACCAAAUCCUAAUGUUCCUGAAAUAGGACGUUGGUCUGCUGAAACAGGGUCAGACAAUGAAUAUUCCCAAAAGGAACACUCUCCAAAUCCAUUACCAAAUCCUCAUAUGGUUCCUGAGACUAUGUUGUCUCCUGGUCAUUCAGAACAAUACAUUGGUAGAAUGCAAUAUGAUCCACAUUACAUGAGCAACUCUAAUGUAUCGAAAAGUAACUACAUAAGCAACUUAAUAUCACCCAGAGACGAGAAUUAUCAAGAAUAUUUGGAAGGCGGAUCCGAUGGUGAAGAAAAACAUCACGUUAAUGAUAAAUAUUUAUUCCCUUAUACAGCUGAGGAGGAUCAUAUUACACCUCACAGUUACGCGCCUCCUAACAGAAUAAUGUCUCCAGUAUCAAAUGAUAUUAACAAUCCAGGUAUAUAAAAUUUUUA